GAACAAACGAGAUCCCAGCAAGAUGCAUGCCCACGCGCGGCAACUGUUGCGGCGCAGCUUCCACGGCUACAACAGCUCGACCUUCGCGGGCGUCGUGCCCAUGGUACUCGAGCAGAAUGCGCGGGGAGAGCGCAUUUAUGACAUUUACUCGCGCCUCCUCAAGGAACGGAUCGUGUUCCUGAAUGGACCUGUAAACGACCACAUGGCAUCGUUGACGACGGCGCAGUUGCUCUUCCUCGAGAGCGAACAUCCUGAGAAGGAUAUCUACUUGUACAUCAAUAGCCCAGGAGGUUCAGUCACGGCUGGCCUCGCCAUCUAUGACACCAUGCAGUACAUUCAACCGCGCGUGCAAACAUUGUGUAUCGGUCAAGCAGCGUCGAUGGGUGCCCUGUUACUUGCCGGUGGCGCGCCUGGGUGUCGCGCGGCACUUCCAAACUCGCGCAUUAUGGUGCAUCAACCUUCCGGCGGCGCUCAAGGCAUGGCAAGCGACAUUGCGAUUCAAGCAGAAGAGAUUUUGCAGCUCCGACAUCGAUUGAAUCGACUCUUCGCCAAGCACACAAACAAAGAUUUGUCGGUGAUCGAAAACGCCAUGGAUCGCGACAAGUUCAUGGACGCGGAAGGUGCAAUCGCAUUUGGUCUCAUCGACGCUAUCUUAGCGCGCCGGCCCAAGGAACUUGAAGUGAAAGUUCCAUGAGCGAGCGCCACGGGAUCCAUCAGCCGUUGCUGCAUACUGUGAAAAUUAAUACCAAUAGAGGAACAAAAC